CAUUAUCUCUUUUAAUCGUAACCCCCUAUUAGAUUUAUUUUAUCAAGCGAACAGAAGCAGUGGUGUUCCACGAGAUACUUCUUUUCACAUUCGAAGCUGAACAAGAAGGCAUCGUUCGCUAAAAUAUGGCUCCAGCGAAAUCCAAGAAAGCUUCAAAAAAGAAGUCUACAUUGACUUUUAACAUUGAUUGUACCCAUCCAGUAGAAGAUGGUAUCAUGAAAGUAGAUGACCUUAGAGAAUUUCUUAUGAGACGCAUCAAGGUCAACAACAAGUUAAAUAACUUGGAACAGCUUACCAUUGAAGCUGCAAAGACCAAAGUCACAGUUACAAGCGAAAAGCAAUUUUCUAAAAGGUACUUGAAAUAUUUGACGAAAAAGUACUUAAAGAAGAACAAUCUUCGUGAUUGGCUUCGUGUAGUUGCUUCCACUCAUUCGGAUUAUGAACUCAGAUACUUCCAAAUUAACAACGACGAAGAAGAGGAAGAGGACGACAAUGAAUAAAUAUUCUGUUUAAAUGUAAAAAUUAUUUAAAUAGAUACACAAAAUCAUCAAA